CAUCGAAGGAAAUCUUGCUAAGAACAUGCAUGUCAGAUACGCUGGAGCACAUUCUCGAAGUCCUUCGAGAAUCUACGAUUGCAGGAGAACAUGGCAAAGAUGAUAAGUCAAAGAAAAUUUCGAAUGAAUAUGAUGAUGACUUCCUCAACCGGGCGCAAGGCGAUAUAUUUGUGAUCCUGACUUUUGCCGGUCUGCUCUCAACUGUCAUCGCUACUUUCGUCAUCGGAAUGCAGCCCAACCCAGCAGACACCACCAAUGCCCUCUUGGUGCAGCUCAUAGCAAUCACUGUUAACGGGUCAAGUGCCGCACAUGAUAUCAGCAAUCUUUCCUCGUCUAUGGGAUAUUCCUCUUCAACUGUCUGGAUACAUUUGUACUUACCUGCACUCCAAUUGCAGUUCUAUUUUGUCAAGAAGUCGGCGGCUGAGCACUCGUUUUGGCGCCGUCAUUCACCCCAAGUGCUGAGUGUUCAUUUAGAUCCAACCA